ACGCAGUUUGAUGACCUGUAAUGAAGAGAAGCUGUUGGAAAAUGUUUUGUUUAGAUUUUAAUUUUGUUGCAUUUUCCUCUUGCGUUUCUGUUCUCGUUAAAAAUAAAUGCGAGGAAAGUGUCAAGUAGACUUUGCUCUGUUAAGAGCUGGAAUUGUUUCUGUGAAAGGAGGGGUGACGGUCAUGCUUCUGGAAGAGGUAUUGUCAAGCUUAUUUACUCAGUGGAGAGAGGAUAUGUUCUAGAUGUGUUCUGGCAAUAAUAGCAGUAAUCCAUCAGAAAAGAGCAGACUAUUGCAAACUAAACAACUAAACCAACAAGUGUGCUUGUUUACCUCAUCUGCUGAACAGUCAUUUCGUAGAAAGGCCCAGGAGUUUUAAUACCUGCCCUCCAUAGCUGAAAUAGGAUUUUUGUAAAACAAAUGGUAAUGAAAUGAAACUUGGGCUGGGUUUGAGACUGUAGCUCUUGAACUGUUAUUUUAUGGAAGGCAACACUUUAGGGUGUAGUCUGCGUGGUAGGAAUGAUGACCUGCUGGGCAAAGCUGGGGCUAGGAAUCAUCAGACUGAUGGUCUUGUCCCUGUCAUUUAUCUUCUGCGCGUCCUCAAGUAACUGAACUCAAACCUCAGUUUCCCCUCUGUAAGUGAGGUUUAUUAUAUUUCUCUGCUUUUCUCAGGGUGGUGAGGAUAAAGUGCAGCGAGAGAUUGCAAGAACCAACUGAAAAUGUCUCAGAAUCCUGACAAGCUAAAUGCAAGUGACGAAAAGUUGAGUGGUUUGGAAGAUGAUGAGGAGGAGAACUUGGAGAACUCGGAUCAGUCUGUUCGAAAAAGAAUACGACAGAGUGCUCCAGGGUCACACAGAGAUGAUACACCAAAGUCCAGUCCCUCUCGGCCUGUGUCCAUAGAAGAGCUCAUGGAGACAGCAAAGGGAGUCACCAACAUGGCACUGGCACAUGAAAUUGUGGUGAAUGGAGACUUCCAGAUAAAACCAGCUGAAUUGCCAGAACACAGCUUAGAGAAGAAAGUCAGAGAUAUUGUGCAUAAAGCUUUCUGGGAUUGUCUGGAAGCUCAGCUAAAGGAAGACCCCCCGACAUAUGAUCACGCAAUUAAGCUUUUGGGAGAAAUUAAAGAGAGUCUUCUGUCUUUCUUAUUGCCUGGUCAUACUAGACUGAGAAGCCAGAUUACAGAAGUUCUUGACCUGGAUUUGAUAAAACAGGAGGCAGAGAAUGGGGCCCUUGACAUUUCUAAGUUGGUCAAAUUUGUUAUUGGGAUGAUGGGGACUCUCUGUGCUCCAGCUCGAGAUGAAGACAUUAAGAAACUGAAAGAUAUUAAUGAAAUAGUUCCUCUUUUCAGAGCAAUUUUCUCUGUAUUAGACCUAAUGAAAAUGGAUAUGGCAAACUUCGCUGUCAGUAGUAUUAGGCCAAAAUUAAUGCAGCAGUCUGCUGAAUAUGAAAGAAAGAAGUUUCAGGAGUUUCUUGAGAAACAGCCAAAUUCUUUGGACUUUGUCACCAAGUGGUUGCAAGAAGCAGCAGAUGAUCUUGCAAAGCUGGGACAUGAAAUGUUGCCUCUCCACUGUAGUGAUGCCACUGGUGGAGCUUCUGCCUUGUGCUUCACUGCUGUACAAAACCAGGCCUAUCUGAAGCUUCUGAAGUGGGAUCACGUGAACAGGCCUUUUCCAGAAACGCUGCUCAUGGACCAGACACGCUUCCUGGAGAUGCAGCUGGAGCUGGAGCAGCUCGUGGUGGUGGGGACAGUGCUGCUGGUCACGUUCAGUGCAGCAGGCCCAGCUCUCAUCGAUGUGCCUGGAUUCACCGAGAGGAUCAAAACCAUCGUCAGGGUGCUGCUGACGGGAAUGCAUCUCCCCUCCUUUAACCUGAAGGAAUCCCUGGCCACUGUGGGCGAGAAGGUGUGUGCUGAAGUGAACAGCUGCCUUUCCCAGCAUGGCUUCACCCCGUUCUCAGCUGAGAGGGAGGCUGUGCUGAAGGGACAGAUCCAGGCAGUGGCCAGCCCGGAGAACUCCAUCUGCAAGCUCAUAGAUUCUCGAAUUCAAAAGUUUCUGGACAAUUAUCUUGCAUCCAGUCAUCAGAAAUCAUUGCCUGCCAUUCCUGGAGGAUUAGGCCCCAUUCAGAGGGAGCUGGAGGAGAUUGCUGCCAAGUACAUUCGUCUUGUCACCUACAACAGAAUGGUCUUCAGCCCUUACUAUGAUGCAGUCCUUGGCAAAAUACUGACUAAGGAAGAAUCCCAAAUUGUAGGGAAGUCAGAAGAAUCAUAAAAAAACCAGUCUGUGUGCUACCAAUACAGUAUUGUCAGCUAUUAAAUAAAACUUCUACCAAUAUUUGUCUAGGAAAACAGCUUUCCGUGUAAAUACUGGUUCCUUUUAACCCUUGAGUGCUGACUGGUGAGGGAAAUAGAGGAGAUGCAGAAAAGGUUCUGAGGUAAAAGAUGAGAGAUGCAUUUCUAAUAUAAUUAUGCAACCUGGGGAAGGGGAUAUCAUGGGAGUCUUCUGGUGGCAAUUUUUAGAUUUUUGAGCUGGUGAUAGGUAGGGCAAGUUUAAGAACCAAACUUUGUAUUUAAGUGGCUCAUUUCAGGGCAUUUAACUCUUAAUUUACAGUGAACUUAGUUUAAUUUAUCCAGAGCUGAUUAGCAAUGGUUCUUCCCAGAAGGGGUGAUUUGGUUUAAAAAAAAAAAAAAUAUAUCUUUCUUUAAAGAAUUAAUAAAGCUAAAAUUCUAAAGAAGAACUUUACCAGACAAAACACCAAGCCAAGCAGCACUUUUCUGUAACAUUAUGGUGAGUAUAGUAGGCUUACUAGUUUUUUCUGUAUUUUACUGCAUUUUUAAUAGCAUUUUUUUGAUGUUUACCUGCAGAUGUUGCAAUCUAUUUUUGUAGCAACUUUUCUGGUUAUUGGGUAACUGUCCUCUGCUAUGUACAGUACUCCCAGAAGUGGCAAUCUUAUAGAUUGCAGCUGUAUUUAUAUCUUGUAAAGAUUUCAGAAAGGGCAGAGCUAAAACGUUUUGAUAAAGUGCCAUUUCUUACCUUUUUUUUUUUUUUUGCUAGUAAUUUACUCCUUUUUAGGUGAAAUACUAAUUUUAAAGUAAAUUCUCAUUUGCAGAAGGUGGAUUUAAAGUGUGUGAAACUUUAGGUUGAAAAUUUUGGGCUUUUUAAAAACAACAACAGGGUUUGGUUGCAUAUUCAAUCAUGUAUUCAGAAAUAUGUGCAGAGAUGGUGGGCUGUAUAAGUAAUUUCAAUGUACUGUGAGAGGUGAAUGGUUUGAUGUUAGUUUGAAUGUACAGGGAAUAUUUUAGUAGAUUUUUUUUCACUUUCUAGAUGUGUUCUUGAAACUUAGAAUAUUUGUAGGUCUUGAAUUUCAUAAGCUACAUGUUGUAUAGAGAAGAGCCCAGUGAUCUUACAUUGCAAUCUCAGGCUCAGCUGGGAGGUAAGUGAAAUUUUCCUCUGGUUGAGCACAACUGUGUAUUACAGUAAUCAAUAUUUGAUGGUUUUAUGAAAGCAAAGUUUGUAGUUACUCACAGUAAGUGGCCCAAGUAUGAGGCUGUCCAAACCAGAACGUGCUUGUCUUUAAACAGAACUUGCAGAAACACUUGAUUAUGAUCCACUCUUGAUGCUUCCCUUUCCAGUUUCCUUUGAAUGUCAGUGUGGAUAAAACUGCACCAACUUCGGAGGGGGAUGGAAGAAAUAAGGCCUUUUUUUCUAUAUUAGCAACUUUAAACCAAAUCUUUUCUUGUUCAUGACAAAGCCCCUUCUCCAAGGGAAAAGCCCAGCAAAACCCUGUGAGAGUUCAUCAGCUCAGAUAAGUGAAAAUGUCUGUCUUUGAAUCCUUCUUUGAGAACUCAAUGAGGUUAGUUAGCCAGGAAAAAAGGGUUCUGAAUAGGGUCUAUUUCAUUGUUUGGAUCAGCAAAGGAUUCUACAGAGGUCCUCAAGGCUGCUGCCUGAGCUUGCUGGGCUGUGCUGUUAGAGCAGGCUCUGCCUCACAUCACAGCCUAAAGCUCUGCAGCUGCACCAGCUCCCUCAGCCUGUGCUGCAGGAGCCACCAGAGCCCAAACUGCUGGAAUUGGCACCAAGAGAGAUGGCCAAGGUACAGCUGUUUCCAGUUUUCUCAAAUGGGAGCUGCCUUUAGAGGCACAGAGUUAGAUGAGGUACAGGAUGAGCUCGAGGGUGUGGGGAGGAACAUCAUGGUGAGACAGAAAAGCCCUUGGAAGGUGUGUGACUGAUGGCAGAGUGCAGGGCACUGCUUUAGCAGCAGAUAAAAUCCUAACUGAGGAGAUAGACGGCUGCUUCCAGGGCUGGGAUUCAGGGCUCAGGGCCCAGGAGUGCCUGCUCCUGACACGGCAGCAGGGACUGUGCUGCCACCGUGAUGCUUUUGCUCACAGGGCCACACAGGGAUCCCAGCUCUCCGCACAAGAUUGAUUUGGUCCUAAGCAGAAAGAUCCUAGAAUGAGGGAACGGAGUGCAGUACUCACCUGUGGCUUCACUCUCACCUCCAGGGCCCUCACUGAAGGAACAAAUGCUCCUGGCACAGGUGCUGGGGGCCUUUCAACAGGAAAGAGCUAAAGGAAGUGCAAUAAAUUCCCACAAGUGCAAGGUAAUGACUCUCCCAGGUUAUGCAUUUUAACGAGAGUGUUUGACAAACAGUUUCUCUACAUCCUCUCUAAAAGAAACGGGGAGCUGCAAUUGAGUGGCAAAGCAAGGAAGAUGUUCCAGGAUGAGGCCAGCCCCAUCUCCAUGUGCAGGUGCUUCACCCUUGCCCUGGCAGAGAGGAGCCCUGGCUCAGGCAGCUGUGCUGGGGUGGGAAUGGCUUUCAUUUGCCCCAGGCUCUGACAGUCCUGUGGUCCAAGGGGUUCUUAGGAUCUUAGCAGAGUCAAUCUGAUCACAGCCAAUUCCAAGUUAAAAGCUGGAGUACGCAUAGAAACUGCUUGGAAAGCUCACAUAGUGUUUCUUUAGCUUGUUUGAAGAUAACACAAGUGCUGAUUACAAGCUGAUGUAGCUGAUUAUUAACAUUUAGCUUUGUACAUGUACGUGGAAGAGCAGUGCAGGUAUCCAGGACCAGGCUGUGAGCCAGUGCUCCUGGACCACCCACACUGAACUGAGUUAGUCUUACAAUGCUGUCUUCUUCAAACAGCCCUGGAAUUACAAGCCAAAGUGUGCUGUAUCCUCUAGAAAAUGGAAAGCAAGCUCUAUUCUAAUAUGUAUGCUCUGAUCAAUUUCCUGUGAUGGUAUAAUUAGCAUUGCUUUUGAAGUGGCUGAGUAAUAUAUAAGAAAUACCUUGUUGCGUUUGAAUAAAACCAGAAUGAGGCAUGA